UUCGAUGCCUAUGUCAGUGGUACCAAAAAGGAAUUGGAAGCGAUGAACGUUAUGGGUACGGAGGUCAACGAAGACCUCGAGAAAAUUGACCGGCAAAUAAAGGGCAUCCACAUUCAAGUCGAUGACGCUCUUAACGCGGCUCAAGUAUCGCAGACGACUGCGGCUUUUUACAAUGAUAAAAUUAAGAAAGUAAAAGAUAACAUGGUUAAGCAGAUUGAGGAGACGGAGGUGCUCAGCAAGGAACAAGACAAGGAGGAUGAUCUAUACAGCCAAGUGCAACAUGAGUUCAAGAGUAGUUCCGGUGCGCUAGAGAACGUGAGACCACAGGCAGACGUGGUUAUCGAACUUGGCAAAAGAACCAGCAACGAUGUUAGCCAGCUAAGAAAAGACAUCGACACUCUCCUCAACAAAAUGAAGGAGUUGAAAGACAAAAUAAGUAAUUUUUGA